AUGUAUGAACAACAUUUACCGGUGCUGGACCCUCAUGCAGAUCAAGUUAACAUAACUCCUCCAGAUGUGGUGAAUGGACACCGUCCGUGCCAGACCCGCGAAGUGAAAUGGCUGCGACUUGAUAAAAUCUAUCAGAAGUUCUAUCGUCCGAACUUCUACGACAUCGGCGGCACUUAUAUGCAAGAUGUGCCAGACUACUGGUUCUCGUUCAAAACAGAACAAGUUGGUAUCACAUUCCUCCUACAUAUAUUUAUUCGUAAUCAGGGUGUGACUUCCUUUAAUGUAGCCCUGAGCUGUGGAAACAAGUUUAAAGUUGACAGAAAAACGGAAACAGUGUACUUGCAACAUUACCUGAAAGAGUUUCAGUUCAGACAACUUGGUGAGAUGUCCCACACUUACCUCACUACUUACGAUUUCUCAGAGUUAGACAUACAAUGUUUGAAAAAUAGGAAGUUGCACAUUGCUGUCUCAUUUCCAUUUACUGAGAGUACAGAUAUUAGUCUGGAAGUUAUUAACAGUAUUAAACUCAAACAUGAUUGCAGUGCUUUGUUUGCGGAACCUAUUGGCUCUGACUUUGUGAUAGAAUCUGCAGAUGGAGUAAAGUUUCAGAUACACAGAGUCAUACUUGCAUCUCACAGUGAAGUUUUCAAGGCAAUGUUAAAGGGGGACACAGCUGAGAGCCAGAACAGCUAUGUGAAACUAAUUGAUGUUAGCGGGGAAGAUCUCCGGUACAUGUUAGAGUAUAUAUACUCCGGAACAGUAAUAGACUUGGAGAAUGCCAAUUUUGGAAACCUACUGAUGCUGGCCGAUAGGUUUAACUUGAAAGGCCUUUGGGAACUCUCUGAGUAUGCUCUAUCUGAACACCUGAGUCCAGACAAUGCACUAGAUAUCUUGAUGAUUGCUGACAUGCAUGAGUCUGACUUUCUUAAAACUGAGGCAUUGAAAUUUAUAAAAGAAAAUAAAGAAAUUCUAAGCAGUAGCACUUUUGAAGAGAUAACUAAUCAUGAUUUGCUCAAACAACUGUGCUGUUUCCUGUCCGAGUAG